AUGACAGCAGUAUCUUUGAAGAAGAGUAACAGGGAUAGUACUGCCUCUUGGUCUCCAUUAACAACUGCUGCUGGUGCAAGGGGAGACGACGACGCUACUUCACAAAAGAGUUCCACUUCAGCAGCCAACGACAACAAUGAGCCCCAUGAGACAAUGACAGACACACCUUCUCGAGAUUACACGACCAUUCCAAUACAAGUCUCGACGGACGACACAGCAACAACAGACAAUAAUGAUACGACAGCAGCUACAGCUACAGCAACCACACCUACUUCGCUUUCUCCCGAGCCAGCCAACAGCGACAAUGCCAGCAGCCAACCUGAUAGGAAAAACGAUGCAAAAGUACCCAAUAUUAUCAGAGUCAAGUCUCUUCCAUUCUAUCGUGGUGGUGUACGUCCUCGCCAUGCCAAGAUUGUGCGAUUCAUUGGACGAUGUGGAUUUGUGGCAAAAGGAGUGGUCUAUGGUAUUAUUGGGGUCUUGAUCUUGACCAAUGUAUCUGGUGCAUGGACGCCUAAUGGAAGUCAAGGAAAUGAAUCUCCUCAGGGUGCGUUUCUUUUGUUGGGAGGUAUUCCUGCGAUUGGUCGACCUAUUCUAGUAGUCAUGGCCAUUGGAUUAAUCACCUAUCUGGUUUGGAGGUUUUGGGAAGCUAUCACUGGACAAGCAUUCGAUGCCAUGUUGAGCAAGCGCACCAACUUUUUUCGAUAUCGGCUAUCACCCAUUGUGAGCGGCGGCGUCUAUUGUGCUUACUUGUAUUAUCUCAUCCAAAUGAUAUACCAAACCAACGAAGAGCAACAAAAGACAGCAUCCAGUAACGAGUUUCCGGCAUCCUUCACUGAUACAACCGUUGGAAGUGCGUUUGUUGGCGUGUUUGGGGUGGCCUUUAUGAUUGCAUUUGCAACUCAAAUUCAAAAUGCGGUUACUGGCAACUUUAUACCGGAUCUCAAAACCUCAGCGCCUGAUGCUCGAAAAUGGGAAGCACGUAUCGUGAAUCUAUCAGGACGUAUCGGAUUUGGAGGAAGAGCUGCCAUGUUUGGUACCUUGUCUGGCUUUUUUUGGGAUUCACUUGCUAAGCGUAAUGAAUCGGGCAAUGUCAAUGUGGUGGCAGCAGCUAUAUCAAAGUUGGCUACACAUGAUGGUGGCAAGGCAUUCAUGGUUCUUCUCGGCUUGGGACUCAUCAUUUACGGCCUUUUUGCCAUCGCCAAUGCAUACUACAAAUACUUUCCUACUCCGCCCCCAUCACGCAUUAACAUGUACCAGCUGAUUACCGAAGAAGAUGACAAUGACAUGAAUAGCCAGGAACAAGAUGAGCCGAACAAUGAACCCAAUCAUGGAACCUCGUGGUGGCGCAGAUUAUGGGAUAAACGGCAUCCAAAACGUUCUCAGCAGCAAUGUAACAAUGAAAAAGGAGGAGGGGAAGAGAACCAUGUCGAGGCUACUACUACAACAAUACCAAAUGGCAGGCCACAUCACCAUGAUUCCCAAGACGGUGCAUCCACCAAUACCAACGAUGCUAUUGUUUGA